GACGCGAACGCGGCGACUGGGUGCUUCCGCAAAAAUGGCGGCGGCGGUGGGCGGUGCGCGGCUGGCGGCUUGGGGCGGAAGGCUGCGGCGCGGGCUGGCUGCCGGCCGGCGGGCCUGGCCAAGCUCCGGGCCCGUGGCGGCGGCAGUGGUCGGCGUGGCCCUGGCGGGAGCAGGAGCAACAUGGUACCACGGCCGCGUGAACAUGGCGGCGCCCCAGGGCGGCCUCACCGUGGUAGCCCAGAAAAGUGUGGACUCUGGAGAGAUGAAAGGGAAACCGUCUCCUCGUAAACAGCGCUUCAUGCAGUUUUCCUCACUGGAACACGGGGGAGAGUAUUACAUGACACCACGGGACUUCCUCUUCUCAGUAAUGUUUGACCAAAUCGAACGUAAAACUUUAGUCAAGAGGCUGACAAAUAAGGAUAUUGAGGACGUACUGGCAGGAAUCAAAGGAGCUGGUUGUGGAUCAACUUUUUUUAGAGACCUUGGCGAUAAAGGGCUGGUUUCAUAUACCGAAUAUCUUUUCUUACUUACAAUCCUCACUAAACCCCAUACUGGGUUUCAUGUUGCAUUUCAGAUGUUGGAUGCAGAUGGUGAUGAGAUGGUUGAGAAAAAGGAAUUUUUUAAACUGCAGAAGAUCAUAAGUAAACAGGUUGACUCGAAGACAAGAAUAACUAAUGAAACAGAAUGCCAGGAACCAACAGUGAAAGAACCUGAAAUUAACACAACUCUUCAGAUACGUUUCUUUGGAAAAAGAGGAGAAAGAAAACUUCACUAUAAAGAAUUUCGAAGAUUUAUGGAAAACUUGCAGACGGAGGUCCAAGAAAUGGAGUUCCUUCAGUUCUCUAAAGGUCUGAGUUUCAUGAGAAAAGAAGACUUCGCAGAAUGGCUCCUUUUAUUCACCAACACUGAAAAUAAAGACGUUUAUUGGAAAAAUGUGAGAGAGAAGCUGUCCGCAGGAGAGAGCAUUAGUUUGGAUGAGUUCAAGUCAUUUUGUCAUUUUGCGACCCACUUGGAAGACUUCGCUAUUGCCAUGCAGAUGUUCAGUUUAGCUCAUCGCCCUGUCAGACUAGCGGAGUUUAAGAGAGCUGUGAAGGUAGCAACGGGACAAGAACUCUCCGACAAUAUCUUGGACACCGUCUUCAAGAUCUUUGAUUUGGAUGGUGAUGAGUGUCUCAGUCAUGAAGAGUUUCUUGGGGUGUUAAAAAACAGGAUGCAUCGAGGUUUAUGGGUGCCGCAACAGCUCAGUAUACAAGAAUACUGGAAAUGUGUGAAAAAAGAAAGCAUUAAAGGAGUGAAAGAAGUCUGGAAACAAGCAGGAAGAGGUCCUUUAUAGAAAAACAUAAUGUGGGAAUUACGUUGCUCCAAGUGUCGGAACUGGGGAUUUCUUAAAGUACUAGAUGGUUAUCUUCUUAAGUCUUCAUUGAUUUCCUUUGUAAUAUAAAGAUGCCUUGUAUUUGCUUUCUGAUUCAAUAA